CCGGAAAAUUACUUCCCACAACCUGUUUGGCUCAUUUUCCCGGAAAAUUUCUUCUUCCAGUCCAAACCUGCUUGCCUGAGAUUGUAUGGCAAGGACUUCUGUGCAGGCUAAUGCAUUGCUUUUUAGGAAAGUGAAGCAAUUGAGGCGCCAAUUCAGCAGCCUUGCAAAUAGCUCACAUAACAAAGAGGAGACAGAAACAGAGCCAUUGUCCUAUAACUCAUCAACUUGGGUGCCCCAUCCCCGGACUGGAAUAUACUUCCCUCAGGGCCAUGAGUGGGUCAUGAAGGAUGUCCCUGAAAAUGCAGCUUCCUUCUCUCCCGUUUUCUGGUUCCGGGAUUUCGAUGGCGUCGACGACCUAAACCCCGACACUCAUCCCUCUCCCGGACCUCGACUUGCUGCUGUUUUAGGUCCCGGGCAGGAUUGAUCUUGGGGGAAGAUGGCUAUCAACUUCAGAGUUAGCAUAGGAGUUUAAAGUUGGAGUAUGGAUGGCCAAUGACCAAAUUGGCCUAGGAAUAAUGUAAAGUAUGAUGGUGUAAUGAUCACUCACAUCUCCGAAGAUGGUAAAUAUUGCAUAAUAAAGUGAAUAAAUUUUAUUAAAUUUA